AUGGUUGUAAUCCAUUUUGGAAAUGAUUUCUCAACAAUAAUUGCAAAAAUGAAACAGAAGUUAAAUGAAAAUAAUGGAAAAAUGGAAAAAUUAGAAGAUGAAAUUGAAGAAAUAACAGCAAAAGAUAGGGAAUUAACUCUGAAAAAAACAAAAGAAUUGGAGAAGAAAUUGAAGGAAUUGAGAGCAAAAAAAGAAAAACAGGGAGAAACAAGUAUUGUUGAAGAAAAUAAUGAGGAAGAAGAAAAAUUAAAAAAUGAAUUGGAGGAAAUAAAAAUUAAAAAUAGUUUAAAAGCACAAUUUAGAGAACACGAUGGGAAAUUUUCAACAAAAAAAGAAGCUAAAGAUGAAUUAGCAAUGAGCGCAAAAGAGAAGGAAAUAUAUCAGAAUGAAAAAUUAAAGGAAGUCAAUAUGACUGAAGAAGAAAAAUUAAAAAGGAAAGAAGAAUCAGAAAAGGUGCGCAAAUUGAAGGAGGAGGUAAAAGACGAAGAAAAAAAUUUUGUGGAAAAAAAUUCGGAGCUUUUAAAACUCAAAAAUUUGCAAAACAUGGAUAAAGAUAAGUUUGGCUUGUUAUCUGUUUUUAAUUACAUGGUGAUGAUAAAAGAAUUUAAAAAGGAUGAGUGUUAUGAAGAAACAGUGAAGGAAUUUGAAUUUGAGAGACAACUGGGAGUUUUGGAGUAUGAAUAUGGUAAGAAUAUUUUUAAUAAAUAGUAAAAGAUAAAAAAUGUUAUAAAAAUUUCUAUGAAAUAGCA